AGUGGUGCAGUGACUGCGUGGGCCAGCCAGUGCGAAGUUGACCGGUUCUUUGAAGGAGCUCCUGACUCGCUGCUCCGGACGUGUGUGCUCUGAUCUCGCAGUGGAAACAAAUCACUGUCCACCGGGCCGCAGUACGAGAGGGAGUCUCGCUAUGCGUGAGGUGAUCAGCGUACAUGUUGGGCAGGCGGGUGUCCAGAUGGGCAACGCCUGCUGGGAGCUCUACUGUCUGGAGCACGGCAUCAUGCCGGACGGCCAGAUGCCAUCCGACGAGUCCAUCGGUGUUGCCGACGACAGCUUCAACACGUUCUUCUCGGAAACGGGGAGCGGCAAGCACGUGCCUCGGGCUGUGUUUGUCGACCUGGAGCCGACUGUCGUGGAUGAAGUCCGCACGGGCACGUACCGUCAACUAUUCCAUCCAUCCCAGCUGCAGACGGGCAAGGAGGACGCGGCCAAUAACUACGCCCGAGGUCACUACACCAUCGGCAAGGAGAUAAUCGACACCACCAUGGACACAAUCAGGAAGAUGGUAGACCAAUGCAGUGGGUUACAAGGCUUCCUACUGUUCCACUCGUUUGGCGGUGGUACCGGCUCCGGCUUUACGUCGCUUUUCAUGGAGAAGCUGUCGAUCGACUAUGCCAAGAAGUCCAAACUGUGCUUUUCCAUCUACCCGGCGCCGCAGGUGGCCACAGCUGUCGUGGAGCCGUACAACGCUGUUCUGUUCACGCAUACCACUUUGGAUCAUAUUGACGUAGAGUUCAUGGUCGACAACGAGGCUAUCUACCAACUGGCGCAAAAGAACCUGGACAUCGAACGACCGACUUACACCAAUCUGAACCGGCUGAUCAGCCAGAUCGUCUCUUCCAUCACCGCCUCGCUCCGCUUCGACGGCGCUCUGAACGUCGAUCUGGCCGAGUUCCAGACCAACCUGGUGCCGUACCCGCGCAUCCACUUCCCCCUGGUCACGUACGCGCCGAUCAUCUCGGCCACGAAGGCGCAGCACGAGAAGAUGUCCGUGUCAGAGAUCACCCAGGCCUGCUUUGAGCCGGGCAACCAGAUGGUCAAGUGUGACCCGAGGACGGGCAAGUACAUGGCCUGCUGCCUCCUGUACCGCGGCGAUGUCGUGCCCAAGGACGUCAACGCCGCCAUCGCCUCCAUGAAGUCCAAGCGUACAAUUGAGUUCGUCGACUGGUGUCCCACCGGCUUCAAGGUCGGAGUUAACUACCAGCCGCCGACGGUGGUGCCUGGCGGUGACCUGGCCAAGGUAAUGCGCGCUGUAUGCAUGCUCUCCAACACCACCGCCAUCAAGGAGGCUUGGGGCCGGCUGGACCACAAGUUUGACCUAAUGUACGCCAAACGGGCGUUUGUUCACUGGUACGUGGGUGAAGGGAUGGAGGAGGGAGAGUUCUCCGAAGCGCGUGAGGAUCUGGCAGCUCUUGAAAAGGAUUAUGAAGAAGUGGAACAAGGGGUCAACGACGGCGAAGAGGAAGGAGAGUACUAGGCAACUGCAGAACGCUGGGAAGAGUAGCAGAAAUUGGCACAAGUUGUUUGGUUUCCAAUAGGUAUUGCGUAUUGUAUUGUACUUAUCAAUGCCUACCAUCCAUAUUUGUGUUUCACACGAGUUCAGUGACAUUCAUCUUCUAUUGCAGUCUGAAAAUGUCAGCUGUACCAAUCAUUUCGCAACAUAACAUUUCGCCAUAAGCAUUGUUCAAGUGAGAACGCGUUUAUUACUGAUGCACCGUGCGUUUAUUACUGAUGCAUGCGCUUGUAGCGCACAACGCACAGAGAACUGUGCUGAAUCCAUUCGUUUGCGUUUUCAUUUCGUUUGCGAGAACGCAGUAUGGCUUGUAUUCUGUUUUGGGUUUAUUGGUACAGGCUCCUAUCAUAUCAAGAAACUUGGGUCUUCACCGUUGAUUCACUCUCACUCAGCCCGAGUGUCAGCUUUUUUAGUGCGCUGUGCUCACAUCGCAUCGGACGCGUCUACACCGUAAAUAUUUGUAGUUCUAGCGGGCCCAGCAAGCAGCGACCCCAUGGCACCAAUCCCUCAUAAGCAUGUUGACGGCAUUGAAAGCCGUUUCUAUUACACAUGGAGCAUGAAUCGCAUGAUUCGGCGGUGUUUCGCGACCUGCUAUCGUUGCACUGGCAGAUCUCAAUGGUACAGGUUGUUACCAGAUGAUGCAACUGUGAUACAAGACCGAACCAUGUCAAUCA